CAGCUGAGGUCUAUAUAAGGGCGGGCGGGGGCAGGCCGAGCGGCGCCAUUUCGCGGGGACGAAAGGACGGAGCGGGUCGGGCCCGGCGCGCGAGGGGGGCGGCCCCAACCCGGCUCCAUCCCCCGCCUCCGCCGUCCCGGAGGGCUCCGGGACCCUCCCCGGACCCUCCCCGGCCUCCGCAGCGACCCCUGCCUGCGGCCACCGGCGGCGAGGGGGGGAAGACGCCUCCGCCCGGCUUCUUUUCCACCACCUCCCUCCUCCUUCCCCCCCCCCACUCGCUCCUUCCCCUCAGCGAGCCAAGAUGGAGCGCGGCCGCUGAGAUUGCCCGCUACGAUAUCCGCCGUCAUCCGCCGCUCCGAGCGCGGCUCCUCGCCUCUUCCAUCCCAGCCGAGGCCGCCGGAGGUUGGCAGCGACUCGGCCGGGGUUGUAUCGAGCGGAUCGCGCCGCGUUCGGCGGGUCCGGUGAGGCUCCGAAGGGACGAUCCCCCCGCUCCCGCUCCCGCUCCGUUUCUGUGUGUGGCCCCCCCGGUGCAUCCCCUCAGAGCGCGCCGCCAUUUUCGCCGCGCCCCGUGGAUGUGAGGCCGAGCUCGGUGCGUUUCCCUCCCUCCUCAUCCUCUGCCGCCGCUCGAGGAGCUCGGAAAGGGGAGGGGGCUCCCUGCAAGACCCCCCUCCCCUGGUACCGGGGAUGCGCUGACGCUGGAAAGGCCCAAAGCGGGCCGGGAGCGGUGAAGCUUUGGCCGGGCAAAGUGGGGGGCUCGUCGGAGGAGACGGCGGGAGGAGGAGGAGGAGGAGACGAAGGCCGGGCGGGCCCGAGGGCCUCAGCAGCAGCAGCAGCAGCCGCCGCCGGGAUGUUGCAGAAUGUGAAUCCCCAGAGCAAGAUUCUGGGCGAGGGCAAUGCCGCCCUCAUGGCUUUGGGCACCGACUCGACGGCGCCGGGCAAGCGCAUCCGCAAGCCGUCGCUGCUCUACGAGGGCUUCGAGAGCCCCACCAUGGCGUCGGUGCCGGCGCUGGCGGCGCCGCCGGCCAAUCCUCCUCCCCCCGAGGUGUCGAACCCCAAGAAGCCGGGCCGGGUCACCAACCAGCUGCAGUACCUGCACAAGGUGGUCAUGAAGGCGCUCUGGAAGCACCAGUUCGCUUGGCCCUUCCGGCAGCCCGUGGACGCCGUUAAGCUCGGCUUGCCGGAUUACCACAAGAUCAUCAAGCAGCCCAUGGACAUGGGAACCAUCAAGAGGAGGUUGGAGAACAAUUAUUACUGGGGGGCGGCCGAGUGCAUGCAGGACUUCAACACCAUGUUCACCAACUGCUACAUCUACAACAAGCCCACGGACGACAUCGUGCUGAUGGCACAGAUGCUGGAGAAAAUUUUCCUGCAGAAAGUGGCGCAGAUGCCACCAGAGGAGCAGGAGCUGCUGCUGCCCCUGGGCAAGAACAGCCACAAGAAAGGGGCGGCCAGGGCUGCAGCUCUCCUGGCCGGGCUGACGACGCCGGGCCAGCAGGUGCCGCGUGUCGUCCCUGUGCUCCCAGAGCUCCCUCGGCGCCUCGGCGCUGGCGGCGCCGAAGCUCCCUCAAGGCCACGUGGCGGCUGGCGCACUGCCGGAAAAAAAGGGCGUGGAAGCCGGAAAGCCGACACCACCACCCCGACCACCACGGCCAUCAUCCGCCACCAGCACCGGGCGGCGAAGUCGCCCCUUCGACGCCGAGAACCCCAAAAGCCGCCAAGAUCCCCGGGCGCGCGCGUGAGCGGCCGCCCCAUCAAACCGCCACAAGGACCUGCCGGACUUCAGCAGCAGCACCAGACGUCCAAGAAGGGGAAGCUCUCGGAGCAGCUCAAGUACUGCAAUGGCAUCCUCAAGGAGCUGCUGUCCAAGAAGCACGCGGCCUACUCCUGGCCCUUCUACAAACCGUCGGCCGCCUCGGCGCUGGGGCUGCACGAUUACCACGAGAUCAUCAAGCACCCCAUGGACCUCAGCACCAUCAAGCGGAAGAUGGAGAACCCGCGAUUACGCGUACGCGCGAGGGAAUUCGCCGCCGACGUCCGGUUGAUGUUCUCCAACUGCUACAAGUACAACCCGCCCGACCACGACGUGGUGGCCAUGGCCAGGAAGCUCCAGGACGUGUUCGAGUUCAGCUACGCCAAGAUGCCGGACGAGCCGCAGGAGUCGGGCGCGGCCUCGGCCUCGGCGCCGCUGCCGGCGGCCAAAUCCUCGUCCGAGGAAUCGUCCAGCGAGGAAGACGAGGACGAGGAGGAGGAGGAGGAGGACGAGGACGAGGAGAGCUCCACGGAGACGUCCUCGGAGAGCGAGGAGAGCUCGGAUUCCGAGGAGGAGAGGGCAAACAGGCUGGCCGAGCUGCAGGAGCAGCUGCGGGCCGUGCACGAGCAGCUGGCGGCGCUGUCCCAGGGCCCCGUGGCCAAGCCCAAGAGGAAGAGGGAGAAGAGGAAGAAGAAGAAAUCCGAGAAACACAAAGGGCGAGAGGGGCCCGACGAGGAGUCCCGGGCACGGCAGGCGAGCUCGAGGGGCGCUGAAAAACGGGAACGCCACCGGCUCCAGUUGCAAUUUUUUGUGGAUUUUUGGGGGGACUUUUUUGAGGUACGGGGUGAGGAUUUUGGGGUUUGGGACGAGGAGUCCCGGGCACGGCAGGCGCAGCUCCGGAGGGCGCGGAAAAACGGGAACGCCACCGGCUCCAGACCCUCCAAGAAAAGCUCCAAACCCCCCCUGCCCCUGGCGCCUUCGUCGCUGCUGGACUCCGAGGAAGAGGAGGAGUCGAAGCCGAUGUCGUACGACGAGAAGCGGCAGCUGAGCCUGGACAUCAACAAGCUGCCCGGCGAGAAGCUGGGCCGCGUGGUGCACAUCAUCCAGAGCCGCGAGCCCUCGCUGCGCGACUCCAACCCCGAGGAGAUCGAGAUCGACUUCGAGACGCUCAAACCCUCGACGCUGCGCGAGCUCGAGAGAUACGUGCUCUCGUGCCUGAGGAAGAAACCCCGCAAACCCUACAGCGAAACCCUGAAGAAGCCGGUGGGGAAGACGAAAGAGGAGCUGGCGCUGGAGAAGAAACGGGAGCUGGAGAAGCGGCUGCAGGACGUCAGCGGGCAGCUCAACUCGGCCAAAAAACCCCCAAAAAAGGCCAACGAGAAGCCGGAGUCGGCGGGCGGCGUCGCGCGGCUGCCUGCGCCUCCAGCUCCAGCUUCGGACUCCAGCAGCUCCUCCUCCUCUCCCUCCUCCUCCGACACCAGCGACUCCGACUACCCUGAAUUCCCA